GUGAUCCCUUUGACCGUCACGUGGCCGAUUGAUCAAGGAGGAGAGCAAUUGUGGCUUAUAUCCCGUAACCAUCCAUGCACGGUGUCUUACAUUCACUUUUGCGCGCAACGAAUUUUAGUUAUCUCAAUUUCUUUAUCAUAUACUUCCGUUACCAUGUCCGAUGCAGAAUUGUCAGCAGCUGCCAUCAAUCGUCAUUUCACAGAGUCGGGUCACAAAGCAAAGCUUCUUCAACUCUUGAAAACUCGACUUGUAGAAUCCGGUUGGAACGAUUCUCUUUAUGCUCAUUGUCGAGAAACAUUGAAGAAUCGCAAACUUGAAAAUAUUACCCUUGAAGAACUCGCUGCAGAAACAUCCGACUUUGGGAGAGUCACAGUCAAUGAGUCCAUUAAGAAGGAACUUUUAACGCAAAUCAAGCAGUAUCUUGAUGAUACACUUGAGUAGAGGAGGGUUUUGCAAAGUUUUUUUUGACUGAUUUUUUGACUGGCUGUCACCUUUUUCGCUAUAAUUUUCUGCUUGGACAUCAAUUCAUAUCUUUUCAUCACAGUUCGCACUAUAUCAAAUUUUUACCA